AAGCCGCAGCAACUGCUGCUGCUCCCAGGCUGAGCAGAGGCCGAGGCAGCGAGCGAGGAGCGGCAGCGCAGCGCCGGGGCAGCGGCGGAGCAGCGGCAGCGCCCGGGGCCGGUGCCCGAGCCCCGCACCGGCGGCUGCGGGCGGCGGGGCGGCGGUCGCGGCGCUGCAGCUGCCCGGAGGCCGCCGGCCGCGGCUCUUCUGUCGCGUUUUCCUUUUCCCCGGGCAGAGUGGGGGCGGGAGGAGCGGGCCGGGGGUGCCUUCUGCGAGCUGCCUUCUGCGCCAAGGUGCAGCCCGGCGGCGGCAGGAGGAUGCGAGCCGGGGGCGGCCGAGCGGCGGAGCAGCUACCUGUGUGGCCCGGGCGGCCGCUGCCGGGACCUGCCGGAGACAUCGCCAUGUGAAGGGGCAGACCCCGGGCCGGCUCUCCACCCCGCCUCGCUCAAUGGGAGAUCUAAUUGGCUUUACACAGACAAUGCCCCUAAAAACUGUAUGAUAAUUCCAGGUGGCCAAAAGAGGAGGCACGUUGGAGCCCAUACAGAAGAGGGACAAGAACAGGAGGACAAGAGCUUCCUGCUGCCCCUUUGGCAGAGGUACCGAGUGUGUGGCCUGUCUGCAACGUGAGCAAAGUACCAGUUUUCAGAGAGCAAGUGAGACCAAGAGCCACCCCGAAGGCACGUGGGGCGUGGGAGGAAGAGUAGUGCCAGCAUGGAUAAGGACAGCACAAACCUGGCUGACCAGCAGUAUGAAUGUGUGGCUGAGAUUGGGGAAGGAGCCUAUGGGAAGGUGUUCAAAGCCCGAGACUUGAAGAACGGAGGUCGCUUUGUUGCGCUGAAGCGGGUGCGGGUGCAGACCAGCGAAGAGGGAAUGCCACUGUCCACCAUCCGAGAGGUGGCAGUUUUGAGGCACCUGGAGACGUUCGAGCACCCCAAUGUGGUCAGAUUGUUUGAUGUGUGCACCGUGUCACGAACAGACAGAGAGACCAAGUUAACAUUAGUGUUUGAACACGUGGAUCAAGACUUGACUACUUACUUGGAUAAAGUUCCAGAGCCUGGAGUGCCUACUGAAACUAUAAAGGAUAUGAUGCUUCAGCUGUUUCGGGGAUUGGAUUUUUUGCAUUCACAUCGUGUGGUGCAUCGGGACCUGAAACCCCAAAAUAUCCUUGUAACCAGCAGCGGGCAGAUAAAGUUAGCUGACUUUGGCCUUGCACGAAUCUACAGUUUUCAAAUGGCUCUUACUUCAGUGGUUGUUACUUUGUGGUAUAGAGCUCCUGAAGUUUUACUUCAGUCCAGCUAUGCAACACCAGUUGAUCUUUGGAGUGUUGGCUGCAUAUUUGCAGAAAUGUUCCGUCGAAAACCACUCUUCCGUGGAAAUUCAGAUGUUGAUCAGCUAGGAAAAAUCUUUGAUAUAAUUGGGCUCCCUGAAGAAGAAGACUGGCCUAAUGAUGUUGCCCUUCCACGAAAUGCUUUCACUUCCAGACCUGCACAACCUAUUGAAAAAUUUGUACCAGAUAUUGAUGAACUGGGCAAAGACUUGCUUCUUAAAUGCUUAGCGUUCAAUCCAGCCAAGAGGAUAUCUGCCUAUGUUGCUCUCUCUCACCCAUAUUUCCACGAUUUGGAGAAAUGCAAGGAGAAUCUGGACUCUCACAUGUCAUCCAGCCAAAACCAGUGAGGUGAAUGCAUCAUAAUGCUGACUGAAGAUGAACCAUAAAUGAACAAGAUGUGUAGCUGACAAGGCCGCUGUCCCAUACAAACCACAUAGCUGUUCUAGCGAAGAUAAUUAUUUGGAGGUUCUAUGCACUUAUCUUUUCUUUUGGGAUUAUGAUGUGCUUAUCCAAGGAAAUCAAUGUAGUUUACUUUCCUCAGAUCAACACAAGGGCCAGGGCUUUGACCUGCUCCCAUUGCAGCUUUAUGUUUGUUUUGUUUUUGUUUCGUUACCUACCUGGGAAAAUUCCAGAUGAAGAGAAGCUGCUGACCAGUUUUGCUGCCAUUUUAUCUGUUUAUUAUUGAAUGCUGCCAGUGUGGAGUAGGCUGAUCAAGUCACUGCCAAAACAUGAUGCAAUUGCUCUCUCUUUAGCUGCUGAAGCAUGAUUUGGUACUUUUUAAAUUAUUAUUAUGGGAUCUCUUACAGUGACAUUUAAAGAGUGGCAUUGAAAUACCAGAUCUCUGCAACCUGCAAUUAACUGAUACAUGCAUUAAUCUGGCUACUGUUUAUUCAGGGCAUAUAUGCAGGUGCUUGCCCACUUUAAAACAUGGAUGCAUCAUUUUGUCAUUUCAUUGCUCUAUAAAAAUAACAGUGAUGAUGGUGAUCAUACCAAAUGUCUCAACUUUUAGUUUUUUCCAUGCACAAAAAAAAGUUAUUAUCCAGCUAUGUGUGCAAAACAAACAAGUGUUUUUAAAAAGUUCUAGAGUCCUGUUCUUAAAGAUCCUCUCCGUUUCCAAAUGGUCAGUUUCUGUUGAAAUCCAGGCACAUUCUAGCCCAUCAUCUAACCCCUCAUUCACCCUUGGAAGCAGCUGCAAGCAUGUUUUCUUUAUCUCAUUCUGAAUUUUCUGAUAUACAGCUCAAAGACAUGAGCAGAGCCGAUGAAAAUCAAUACAGAUUUUCACCUUCAAACUGUUCUCAUUAUCAGCCAAAAAGGAAAAUUGAAAAAGUAUUUCCAGUUCAGAACCGGAGUCUAUACCUUUAACAAGCACAGAUACCUAUUUGUGUUUCAUUGUAUGCUGUAUACUGCGUUGCCUUACCUGCAACACGCCCCCAUGCAUCACAAGUGCAUGAACAUACUGUCUCAAAAUCCCCCAAAUGCCAUUUAUUAUCUAUGCAGAAAUGCAUGAGCUUCUCUCCUAAACCACCAUGUGGGUAUUCUGGCACAUGCUUCUCCAUCAGGGUUAUUGUGCCAUUAUUGAAUGUCAAAAUAACAAAGCAAUUCACAUGCCUUUAUAGCACAGUUAUUUUAAAUAUUACAUUAAAUUUUAUAUUUAGUAUUUUUACCUUAACUAAAAUAUAUUUUCAGUAUUUUAAAAAGAAGCUUUUAUUUUUUUAAUACUGUACUGGGAAAAAAGAAAUAUUUUAAAUCCUUAAAAGCUGUUCCCUAUUGUGACUUCAGUGCAUUCACCUGGAAAUGACUUGGGGGAAAACAUUGGUCCAAUGAGUUUGCUUUUACCAUAAAACCAUAAAUAUACACUAUUGCAGUAUAACUGGUGAUAAGUGAGGCAGCUAGCUUUGCUUACUCCUGUGAUAGUCCCUUAGGCUUCUCUCUUCCUCAUCUCAGUUUCAUCUUGUCUAGCUAGUGAGCCAGCAUUAUAUCCUCCUUGACAGCAUGCUUGGCAGAAGCAGGUCCUUAGCAGUGAGUUGAGCAACAUCAAUUUCCCAGCUGUGGCAUGGGAACUUGCAGACAUUGCCCUGGUGGGUUUCUCCAUCCCAUGAUAGACUGGCUGUUGUGGCAAACUUCACUGUUAACUUCGUUUUGGGUAUCUGCACUGUCUGGGAUGUGGUCCAUUGCUAGGAGAGUGAGUGGAUGUCAACUAUCUCUUGGAUAAAGCUUUUUGUUACUGUUAGACACAUAAGUAUGUGACAAAUGGUUAACUUAGGUCUGUUUUAAAUAAGCCAGAUUUUAAACAGACCGCUUGUAUGCGUGCAUGCAGUGGCCUGUGCUUUUCUUCAGGCCCAGAAUGAUGCCUGUGCAAAACCUACCAGCAUGAACAGACAAGUUGCAAAUUAGGCCUGGCAAGGGCAUGCAUGAGGCAUCUGCACACAGAGGUACUACAGAUGCAUAAAACACGAACUUUGGAAGCUCUACGAGCAGCAAGCUGAAGGCCAGGGAGCGGUCAUGGCAGCUAACCCCCUGAUCCUGCCUUUGCCUCUGUCAUUCUUUCUGGUCCUGCAUCCAAGGGGAACUGCAAACCCACUGCACUGGUGUUGUCCCAGCCCUAUUCCUCCAUGGGUCAAUGGACCUGAAUAUGAAUAGGUUUUAACAUCCACAGAAAAGGAUAAGCCAGAGGGAAAUUUUUGUUAACCACUUUUAAACACUACUUAGAACAAAAACCAGACCCAACAUUCAGGAGAAUCUUGCAAAUGUAACAAAUAAAAAACUUUUCUACACAGUUCAGCACUUUUAAAAAUAUUUUAACAUUUUACCUAGAGCCAAGCUAUCGUAAGUACUUCAUCGGGGCAUUCAGCUGGUGUGGGUUUUCAGCAGCUGCCAGGGAACACUCCCAGAGGUCUCCAACAAUUAACAUUGGGUGAAAAUGAGGAGGAGAGGAUAUUUUCAAAUUAGGCUCAGAAACUGUCAGAUAGAGAUGUGCAUCUGUUCCCUAUUAGAAGAGUUUGUUGUAUUAAGUUUAGUGAAGCAAAGGCUAGAAAAGAGUAUGAUUGCUGAAUGUAGGUAUAUUAUUAGGGUAGAAUAAAAAGGAGAGAAGAGAACACUUUAAGCCAUAGGUUAGUGUUGGCCCAAAAAAUAAUGAGAACAUGGAAAUUCCAAGGAAGUUAACUACGGGAGCAGAAUUUCCCAAUCAGCAGUAUCAGAGGAGCUCGGAGAGCAGCAGAGAAAAGCAGGGGCUGGCUUAUGGAAUCAGAAGCAGACCUGCAAGGUGGUGCUGUAUGUUGUCUAGUAUAGGAUCAGGUUAUAAAUGGGGGUAUUCAGAACAGCUUGAGAAGGGCUUCAUUAAUGGUCACAUUCUGGAACAUCCAGUGGGAAUGGCAGGAAUUGAAAAAAGAAAACUAAGUUCUGCCUUGACAGGGUUAGAUUUAUCUAAUGUGGAUGCCUUGUGGUAGAACAAGCCUAGAUUCAAAGGACAAAUGACUUUUUAAAUUACUUCCAUUUCAAAAUCUCUGUAUGAAGAAAUUCCAUGUGACACACCAUAGGCUUGCUCUUAUUCCAGUCUUCCCUGCCAAACCAUGGGCCUUCACUUACACUAGUAAACUGAGGAAGCUUGUUCUCUGGCUGGCCAAAGUGCUGGCACUGGCUAAAAUCACACCAGGAAUCAUGCUUAUAAUGAAACUGUACAGAUAGCUGUGGGACUGUGCUUGAGCCCAUGCCCUUGCCCUUUUUAUGUUACUAGUAUAGCUCUAGUAUUUUACUAUGUUUACCCAUUACUGCCAGAUAUAUAUAAGACGUAGGAAUUGUAUAUGGGAAAAAGAAGGUGCUCUUUGACACACGUUCCAGACUGAUGAAAACUCUUUGUACACACUUUAAGUAAGACUUCAGAGUGCAAUUCUUCUUAGCAAUAAACAUGCCUGUAUGUGUUCUAUAGGAGCAGUUCAACAGCAGCUAAAAACCACUGAGUAACAAAAACAUAGAUUCAAAAUAACUAUAGCUCCUAUUGCACCCAUAACCAGGCACUGUGCACUUCUCAGCAUAGAACCAGACAUUCUGUGUAACAGAAGGAACAAUUUCUAUCUCCCAACAAUCUCUUUAUGGUUUUGUUUGUUUGUUUGUUUAGUCACUUCUAUGUACUUCUGCUGGAAAACAUACCCAAUAGCCAAGGAAAAAAAUCACCAAAGCCAGAUAGUGAAGUGCUAAUUGCUGAACCAUAGCAAUACAUCUGGAGCAGCCUUUUCUCUCUUCGCUCUGUCUCCACUCUCAGUUGAGCUCUCCAGUUCUUCUGGAGCUUCCUUAUGGAACCAGGUGUCAGUGACACUGAUAGGUGCUAUAUCCAACAAGAUUCAAGUUUUCCAUAGCUACACAGCGUCAGUGUCCCCCACAUCCCUGUUACUAAGUGUUGCUUAUUUUAGUCCAGCAGCCCAGAACCAAUGAUUAAAAAAGAUUCUCUUUGAGCCUCUCUUUGCUUACCCUUAGUUUUGCAUACACCCCUCUGUGUGCUAAGUAACAUUUCAAAGAUAAGAGUUUGUGCAUAUUUCUGUGUAGGCUGUGCCCACACUCCAGGUUUUUUUCAGCCUAUUAAUUCAUAAUGGUAAAUGUUAAGAGUACCUUUCUGCAUUGUUUCUGUCCUAAAACACACCAAAAAAUGAGGACAUCAUGUCUGCAAAAUAUUGAAAUUUGGUGCUAUGUGUAGAGCCUUUUACAUGAAAGAAAUGAGUAAGCAGUAGUAUUUUAGCAUCUCCUGUCGGGGGGAUCAUAUCCAGCAUCACAACUCUUUGGUGGUUCUCACACUUGAUGGUUGUUUUGGUGAUUAAGAAGAAAAUACUGAGCCAUGCUACUUUUCACAGGUUCACUUACUGUCUGUGAGCAUGUUUUAUUAUACAUAUAAUUCUCUCUGCUGUUAGGUAUUAAGCUAAGUUUAAUAUAGAAAAUGAAGAGAAAACAUGCUGGUUUGAUCUUUUAGCCAACAAACUUGGAGCACUUAUCUGACUCACGACUGAAAACACAUCAGUUGUCAAAUAUGUAUCUGAAUCAUAAACCACACAGUUUGGUUUAAAAGGCCACAUAAAUUAAUUAUGUUCCAUGACACAGUUGAAUACUGAGAAAGUUCUAAGAACUCCAUUUUAUAGAACCACUUUGCUAGUAUUUUUCAUAUACAGUAGUUUCAGGAAUAGAUUGAUUUUUAUAAACAAUGUGAAUUAGAAGAUACUAGGCUAUUAGAGUGAUUUUGUUGUGUUAUGCUUGAAGUUUGAAUUGAUCACAAGCUUAGGAACCUAACAUAUUUAUUUUAUUGCUACAAAAUUGCUUCUAAAUAUCAAGAUCUUUUUUGAUGUUAACAGGAUUUCACACUUCUCUUAAUGUGUAAAUAAUUUUCUUGAAAUUAGUAUAUUAGAAAAAAAGACAACAAUAUUUUUUCCAAACUGCAGUUGUGCGGGAAAAUUUAAGAAAUAUUAUUUUACUUCCACAGAGAAUAUUAACCUGCUAUAUACUGAAAUCUUCAGUAACUGACUGUUAAUAAGCUAUCAGUUUUACUUCUGAUUACUACUUUUGAUUAUUAAGUAUUGGAGUAUACAGAUUACUUUCCAUGAAGAAAAAAUUUAGAAACAAUCUCUAGAAAGGAAAUGGGAUUUUAUAUAUUUAACCUUCCAAGUUUCUUUUUCAUAUUCAGGUUUUUUUGUGCAAGUACAGUUCAAAUGUGCAAAAACAUGACUCUGAUCUUAACAGUCUAGCAGGCAGUAUAACUCAAAUAUGAGUUUUAUUUGUGAGCUAUUUGUUUUAUUAGAUCUCUUUGUUUUGCAGAUUGUUAGCUAUUGGCCAUAAUAUGAUUUUAGUUUCUGGAUCAGACUCUGUAACCAUCAAAUCCCAGUAAUGUAUGUAGAACAACAAAAAGCUUUCUCAUCAAUUUAGAUGAGCUAGGCUAUUAAAAGAAGAACGAUGUGGACAUAAGAACUGACAAAUAUACUUUUGCCAAGUGUUAUUUCUUCCCCUUAGUUUGAAGCUUAGCAAGUAUUGCCUACUUUUGUGCAAUACAUACACAAUAUAAGAACCAUAAAAACACCUAGGAGGAAUGUGCAGAGAUAAUAAUUGUAAAAAAAAAUAGUUACUCCUUCAGUUCUUCCAGAAACCACCUAGAAAUGUUCUUUUAGCUGAAACACUCGAAUUUUGAAACAUAUUUUUCCACUGAAAAAUAUUCCUGAAAAUUAUGUGUAUGUUUUUCAUUUGGACAGUGAUAGGCAACCAAACAGAACUGAAUCAAAUGGGAACUUGUUCUCAAAAUAGAUUCUGCAAGGCCAAGUAGAUACAGUUCUUUAUGUGUUCAGCGGAAGCUGGAAUCAGCAGAAUGCUGAGAUGAGCCAUUUGCUUUAUGGGCAGAAAAACCUAAGGUUGAUGCAAGUAACUGUAAAAUUUGCUUUGACUGAAAUAAAGUCCUUUGAGAGCUUCUGCAAUAUUUGAAUUUCCAGCCUUCAUUGAAAGACUGUGCAAAACAGCUAAGAUAAACCAGAACUCCCUAACUAUAUGGCAUUUUUUCGUUCAGAUUAAAUGUUGUAUCUGUCUCAUGUCGACGUCUAAUGUCAAUAGGAGAUUUUUGCAUGGCUGGAGAAAGUAAAAAGAGCUUUUGCUAUGAGUAUUUUGAUACUGGGUGAUUGCAAUAGAGCAAAUUUUGUGUUUCCCAAAAAAUAUCAGCAAAAUAUGUUGCCUUCUUUAAAACAAAACAAAACACAUUAAAAACCCCUCAAACAAAAACAACUCAAACAACUGGCACUUAGUAAAUAUUAAAAAGGAGCUUUUAAAGAACUGUUGGGACAAUAUUACUGGGAUAAGGGAAAGGGAGCAUAUUUAUAAAGUGAAAAAUGUAAAUACAAAUAAUGUGUAUUAAAUAUGCAUUGAAACAGAUACUUUUUCACUGACCUUGCAAGGUUGAUAAGGUUUUAUGGAAGAAAAGAAUCCAAGUAUGAACUUAUUCUAAUGACCAUUUUAAUAUUCAUUUGCACUAAGGCAACCUAUGCUGUUUGACUGCAAGGAGAAAGGAAAACAGGUAAUGUUUAACUUGUGAUUUACUUUGGUGUUGUCUACAUGGUAAUGCUCAAGCUCCUUGUCUAUUUUUGAGCAAGCUAAAUUUGCAUCCACACUAUUCAGCUUUCUGCACCUUGAAUCCAUCCACAUGUCAGAAAGAAAACACUUUUUUUAGUCUUUACAUGGAUACUUGCUCCCAUUGACAUGCUCAUGUUAAAUCCAGCCGAAGAGCACUGUCUCUGCCACUAUAAGGAAAAUGAAUUUUCACAGACUGUUAGCUUCCUUUCUGCAGUUACUCCUAAAGGGUUUGUAAGUAACAUUCUGCAAUAUGCAGCCUUUCCUCUUAUUCCAUGUUUCACAUGUAUGUUGUUAUGCAAAUCCUCAGCCUUUUUCAAAAGCAAACAAAAAAAAACCCUUAAAAAACUAAAAAAAAAAAAACACCACAACAACAAAAACCAAACAAAAAACCCCACACCAAACAGUGCCUGAGUGUUAAGAUCAAUUUUGAGUAGCUACAUGAGGGAGGAGAAUCAGGAAGUGCUGCAAAGACAGGAAAAGUGGGCAGAGGUGAGGAGAGUUCAAGCAAGUGAAUUUGUAUACGUGGAAAAGUUACGUAUAAGUGUAGGUGGAAGACGUUUUUCCCUGUGUUUUGUUUUCUCCUGUCAUUCACUUCCAUAAGCAUAAGAUGAUACAGCAAGAUGCCUGCAUGGGAUUUGUAUUUUCAGAUCCUUAUUAUGCCAACUCAACUGAUGACUUACAGUGCAGUUUUUCACCAUACCAACAGCUCUGUUUUUUAAAUAAGAUUUUUCAGAAGCUAGAGGUUUUUCUGUGUAGAUAUAUAUAUAAAAAAAAAGUCUGACAAGACAGCUUGAGAGCAGAUGAAGCUGGUAACACAGACACUGCCUGUAGUUCAGCUGCAGACAUGGAGAAUGUACAGGGCUAACGCAGGGGAGUCACCGUGUCUGUUCAGCCGUAUUGUUGUGCCUUGUGAGCUGGCUCUUGCCACACAGUGAAGAUCCUUUGGUGGUUCAGAAGGGCAUGGUUUUGAGCAUUUGUAUUUUGAUAAGAUUAUGUGCAUACAAGUUUUGCUGGAUCAGUCCAGGUGGUUGUUCAUCUUACAGGAGCAAGUGUAAGAGCCUAACAAGUCUGUCCAACACCCAGUGUAAGUAAUACUGCAGAACCCUCUGCCAUGGAAAAGAAAUAGGAGGUACAGCAGGAAUGGAGCUUUCUGUACUGCUGUGCCAACCUAAGAGUUACUGUUAACUACUGUCAUACCACCUCCAAAAAUACAGAAUAUAAGGCCUGUGUAGCAUUUUGUUGUGUUUACUCCAUGCAUGUGGGUGGCUGAGUAAGUGUUGGCACAGAGUGGCUUCCUUCAAGUGUGAGCCACAAGGCUUGGCACAGAGAUAAAUUACACCGCUUCAGGGAUGGGAAACCUCUAGUUCUAUACAGUAGUUGUCUGGCAUUUGUUACAUGCAAACGGUGAUAGAUCACCCAGCCACUCAAGCCGUCCUUUCUUUAUCCCAAAUCAUCCUAUUGUGGCACUGUGAAAGAAGCCCCGGGGAGCCUUCUCAGGUCUUUGAACACCCUGCUUCCUCUCACUGCAGUGACACUUUAUUACCUAUCACUUGCAUCUGACCCUGCUGAUACUUCCACAGCCACUUAAGCAGCUGUGAGUUAAAUUACUACCUUGUGAUUCUACAGCCCCCAAGUCUGCAGGCAGCCAGUGAUCAGUACUACAGUUAUUCCUUGCUUCACAUUAGGAACUGGGAAAUACUACAGCAGAAUAAGGCAGUGUGUGCUACUUUUACAUGCCUUGGUUCAAGCAAAGAAUUGAGCUAGAACAGAUUAAACUGAACAUAAUGUGUUUGAUCAGCCAAAACAAUUUUUACUCAGAAGAUUAUUUCCUAAGUACAGAAGAUCCCUGGACAACUCUCUGUCAUACACAUGUUUACAAAAGCAGCCAAUUAUUUUUCUGUUAUACAGAAGUUCUUAAUGGAUACAAACAAAACUAGCAAUGCCAGGCUCCUACUGCUUAUCCGCCUUCUCUUGCCUAAGAUCAUUAUUCCCAGGGAGAGGUUUCCUGCCAGCAUGAAGCAGAGCAACUAUGAAACAGUUCUGCUUUAUAGGAAGGUCUCCAACUCUCAAGAUAAUUUGGGUGCAUGGAGGCAAUCAAGCUCAUUCCUUUGCUUUUUGCUUCAGCAGCUUGAAUACAGAGCCCUGGCACGGGUGCUAGGCAGAUGGACUGACCUUAACCCCCAAUAUCCUCCUGAGAAUGUCUUUCCAGGAUCUAGAGGGGACAGUGUGCUUACUGUUUCUGUGACAGUUGACUUUUUUGCAUUUUAAACAACAGUGUUGUAAGAACUCCCCUAAGAAACCUCUCUCAUGACAAAAAAAGAAUGACUGUGAAUUCUAGACAUGAUGUGGGAAAGGACUGUGUUUUACUCCAGGUGGAUGAUGAUGGAUGUCAACCAGUUGUCCUUCAUGGGUGAUAAAAAAAUCCAAACAACUGGCUUUAAAAUAAAGCCUGGGUCUGCAGAGUGGUAAUUAAAUAAGAAGUGCUUUUCAAUCUUUUUCCAGUAAGACCCGAAAUCCGUCAUGAUUUCAUGCAGGGAACUUUAUCUUGGAGUCUGUUGUAACAAAGGUUACAACCAUGGGUUGCAAUUAUAACAACAAGUACAUCAGAAAUUGGAUGCUGGCAAGACGUUUGUGGAUGCCAGGCUGUACCAGGUGGCUUAAGUAAGCUCAGAGGAGAUGUACUCAUCUUAAAGUAUUGAUCACCGUGCACAUUUUGAACAGAAGUUGCCUAACAUGAUAGAAGGAAUGCAGUGUCAGGAUAUUAAAGGCAGAAGGGACUUCAAAGAUUGAUCCAUCCUUUCCUUUUUCUCUCGAGAUGUCUAGCAACCUAAUGGUUUUCCAGCUUUGUUUUGUUUUGAUUUGUUUUAUUUCACCUCCUCCACCACAAUUCUCCUUCCUAUUGUGCAUAAUAAGCUGAAUAGAAAAGCCUUACUCUGGUUUACCAGCUUAAAACCAGAGCAGACCAGCACUGUCUAAAAAUUUUGAUCACUCUCUGGUGGUCAGUAUUAAGUGAAUAAUUUGUCUCUGUUUAGAUUCCAACAAAUAGAAUUCAAUAUCCAUUAUUCCUUCCUUGCAUUCAACACUGUCCAAUAAUCUCACUGUCAUUCUCCGCAGUGCUCAAAACCUCUUUUUCUGGCGACUGAACUCCCCCUCCUACAGCCCACUUAGAGUCACAGCAAUGUGGGCAGAAGACUCAAUUACAGCAGUGCUUUUUAGGAAGGAAUGAGAGCUGGUUCCAAUUGAAAUGGGGCCUGAAAGAGUCUCAAGGCACCUUUCACAGGCAAGGCAGUCACUUAUGUUAAAGCAAGAAACACAUUUAAAAAUACUUGAGAUAGUGAAAAUAUAAAUAUGCCAUUUAUUUUUCUGAUAGAAUCUGUUUUCUACACAAAGCUGUAUGAUUUUGGCACUGAAAUCAAACCCACAGGCACCCAUUUAUUCUUUCCUUUCAGUCCUUAAUUUCUUUUGUAAAUUCUUUUCAGGCAUUGAGAUUAAUGUCUUUAUGGUCCAUUUCCUUCCAAUUCAUUUAAGUGGUCUAGAUCUGCCACUGAAUCUCAAAUGGGUUUUACUUUUCAGGUAAUAUUUAGCUGCAUUACUUUGAACAGCUUCAAAAGUAUAAUGUCUUCAAAUGCUCUAGUUAAAGAAAAAUUAUACCCUCAAAAUGUCGUCUUAGAAGUUGAACUGUGUACUUUGGAAAUUAUGUUUAUAUUCUAACUCCCAAGAGCAUCACAGGGUGCUUUCAUCUGUGUGUGUCUUCUGCUUCCUAAGUAAGGGCAUGUAUUUGUAUUUCCUCACUAGCUUGAUACUCUUCAGUCUGAAGGCCCAGGUAUGCAAACAGAUGAGUACUGUACCUCACCUGAGCAGUCUCACAUUGCUGAGAGGGGUUACUCAUGUGAGUAUAGUUGCUUGCAAAAAGCAUGUGCAGAAAAUGGCUUUCCUUUAGUAACUGUCUGUAACUGCAGGGACUCAUAAUAACAGCACCAAGACACCAGUAAAGGGCGUCAGUGUUUAUUGAAGAUGUGGACACAUUUAUCUACAAACUAUUUGACAUUAACCGAAAUUAUUGCUACUAUAACUCAGUAUAUUAUUUCUUAUGAAAAUACACUAGUCCUGUGAAAGGGUAGUUACCAAAUAAUGUGUUGAGUCUUGCUGCUUUACUGUUUAUUUGCAUUUAGUAUACACUUUGGUUGUUGAAGUGAUGCUGUUUUCAUAGAGAGGCAGAAAGCUAAAUCUGUCCCAAAAAAUUAUAAAUAAGCUUCAUAGUGUACACUGAGUUUUGCAACUAGAGUAGCAUGUGUGUUCAGAUGUAGUAUUUUUAUGCUUUAGGGUAUUUUUGUUUGUUUUCAUAUGUAAAGGAAUAAGCAGAUUACUUUGAAAUGCUAUUGUAGAGCUAAUUUUACACAUAGUGGGGGAAUGUUGUCUGAAAAAUUAAAAUUAGAAAACAUCACAUAGGCUGCCUCUGGCUUUAUUUUGUUUUUUAGCAGGUCCAGCAGGUAUCUGUCAAUUCCAGAUGCUUAAGCCAUGGGCCAAGUUUGUGUGGCAUCUUCUAACUGAAGGAAGUUUUUUGUAGUGAUAAAGUUGCCCAUCUGGGCUUUAAGUAAGAUUGUUGGCUGAACAAAAGCAUAAAGGAAGCAAAUUUAGGUGUUGUGGUUUGUUAUUUCUGCAUGGACAAUUGCAUGAAGUAGAAUUGGAGUUUCAAAGUAUUUUAAAGCAUUUAGCCUAAUUUACUCUUGUUAUAACUCCACUGACUACAGUUAAAUUAAACCAAGAAUUUGACCUUGAAAGUCUACAAAUUUCAGUGUCAGGCAGCUCAGGUCUUUAUAAAGAUACUUAAGUUUAGUAAAUCAGCAAGAAUAUAUAAGUGGUAAUGCGUGGUAAAAAUCCAAACUCUAGUAACAUUUCUCUCAAAAUUUCUGUUAAUUACUUUUUAAUACAAAAAUUCGAAAGUGGUCUUACAGGCAUUGGGAUAUGUGGAGAAAAGCAUUGUGCUGGUACAGAAAUGUACCAGAAAUAAGAUUCAGUUGUUACUGCUCCAGACACUCCGUGUGUGCCUAACUUACACAUUACAAAUCCCACUGAACUUAACAGAAGAUACGUAUAAAGGUCAGACUGUUUGUAACUCUCACAGGAUACCAGUUUCAGAAUCUGCAAGCUAAGUUACGUUCUCAAAAGGCAUUAUAAAAACUUGUAUAUUCAGGUUUACAGAUAACUAUGAACAGUGAGGACAGCUUCUAAGACACAUCCAGAGUAACUAUUAAUUGAUAUUCCAUCAGACCAACAUCCAUUAGUAAAUAAAAAAUUGUCUCAGUACCUUUAUUUCUCAGUAUGAUUUUACAAAAAAUAACAUGAAAAACAUUCAGAAAGUUAAAACAGCCUCUAAUGCUGUUUGGCUUAUUUUUUUUAUCUUCCCCUCCCUUUUUUUUUUUUUCAAUAAAAUACCAUUUUCUCUGGAGGUGUCUAGGAUACGAUAAUUCAAGGAAAACAUGCAAAGCAGUUUCAAUUUUUUUUUUUUUUUCAUUCACCCUAGGGCAUAUACUCAGCUGGUGAAAAUCAGCAUAGUCCUGUUGUCUUCUACAGCACAUUAUCAGCCUACGCCAGCAAAAGAGCUGGCACUUUGACUUUAGCAUUUCAAGUCACUUUACCUAUAUAUGCUGUAGGAUUUUACUUUGCAAAAUGGAAAGUUACCUACGGUGCAAACUGUACUACCUAGACUAUCACUGAUGCCUAUUCACAGGACAUGAUCUCACUGUAUCACUUCAUACUUGAAAUUCAUGAUGUUCUUUUCAUCAGGGUACAAACAUGAAAAGGUGCGUGUGUUACUGUUUCUUUUAAAGGUGCAUCUUUUUUUUUUUUUUUUUAUUCUGUGUGCUUAAUAGUUACUAUUCAGUGUUCUUUGCAUUCUUUGCAUUCAGCAUUAAAAUCACCUAUGUGUAAAGCACAGUAUCACCUAAAGAGGUACAGAAAAAUGUAACAGUGAUCUCUUCAGUUGUUACUCAAAGAUACUGGUUUACCUUUUUGUCAUCGAUGUGACAGCAAGGGGCUUACAACAUGCAAACUGUGGUAUAUAAAAGUAUUGCACCAUUGCUGUACAUUAAGUCUUGCAGCCUCUCUCCUCUUCUUGCACAGUUGAUUACCAUAGACGCAUUGGGGGAAAAAAUAAGAGUAUAUUUCUGCUGUACAGAAUGGCUGGGAAAUAAUGCAGAACUUUGGAAAACUAGAGCUCCCUUUGCAAGCUUUCAGACAAAGCCCUUUGAUCUAACUCUUUGCCUGCUCCAGGUCCCAAAUCUCACUCUAUGGGGCUUUCUGCUCUUAGAACACCCUCAGCUGGGGCUACUUCAUGUUGACUGCAUUGAAGUUCAUCAGAGCAUGCACCUUACCACAUAACAUGUUCUUUAGCUUUUACAAGUUUGUAAAGAUGGUUGACUACAGAAAUAAUCGUGUCAAUACAACGAAGUUAAAUUAAGGCACACAGAAGGUUAUCAAUAUUGUAUUAUAUCAGAAUUACAGUCCUUUGGAACUGAAUGUUUUGCUGCUGGCAGUGCAAGAAAAGCAAAGUUGUGUAUUUAUUGUUGGGUGCUGAGGGUUCAGUAUGAAAAUCAAUAUAAUAAAAUUUUUCAUGGUGUUAAGUUCUUUUUAGUUGUUCCCAAAUUAUUGGAAAGUAAAAAAGCAAAAAACUAGUUUUGUAUUUAAAACUGCUUUCCUGAGGUUUACUUCACUUUUCUAUCGAUAUUUUUCUUUUAUCUAAAAAUGUAAAAUGAAUACAAAUGCAGUAAGUGUUGUAUAUUAAAUACAGAAAAUUAGCAACA